AUGUAUAACAGAAAGAAAAUAUAUAAAUGCCUGGAGUGUGGAAAAAAUUUCAGACAGAAAGUAUUCCUUACUUCCCAUCAAAGAAUUCACACAGGGGAGAAACCAUACAAAUGCCUCGAUUGUGGGAAAAGCUUCAGUCGAAGAAAUGUUCUUAUUUCCCAUCAAAGAAUUCACUCAGGGGAGAAACCAUAUAAAUGCCUGGAGUGUGGGAAAAGAUUCAGUCACAGUAGAAGCCUUACUGUCCAUCAAAGAAUGCACACAGGGGAGAAACCAUAUGAAUGCUUGCAGUGUGGGAAAAGCUUCACUGACAGGUUCACUCUUACUUCCCAUCAAAGAAUUCACUCGGGGGAGAAACAAUACACAUGCCUGGAGUGUGGGAAAAGCUUCACUGACAGGUCCAGUCUUACUUCCCAUCAAAGAAUUCACUCGGGGGAGAAACAAUACACAUGCCUGGAGUGUGGGAAAAGCUUCACUGACAGGUCCAGUCUUACUUCCCAUCAAAGAAUUCACUCGGGGGAGAAACAAUACACAUGCCUGGAGUGUGGAAGAAGUUUUAGUUGCAGUUCGAAUCUUUAUAUCCAUCAGAAAAUUCACACAGUGGAGAAGCCAUAUAAAUGCCUGGAGUGUGGAAGAAGUUUUAGUUGCAGUUCGAAUCUUUAUAUCCAUCAGAAAAUUCACACAGUGGAGAAGCCAUAUAAAUGCCAGGUGUGUGGAAAAGGCUUCAGUCAGAAUUCACACUUUCAUGUUCAUAAGAAAAUUCACACAGGGGAGAAACCAUACAAAUGCCUGGAGUGUGGGAAAAGCUUUGCUUACAGUAAUAGUCUUACUUCCCAUCAAAGAAUUCACACAGGGGAGAAACCAUAUAAAUGUCUGGAGUGUGGGAAAAGCUUCAGUGACAGUUCACACCUUCAUGUUCAUCAGAAAAUUCACACAGGGGAGAAACCAUACAAGUGCCUGGAGUGUGGGAAAAGCUUUGGUUACAGUUCCACUCUUACUUACCAUCAAAGAAUUCACACAGGGGAGAAACCAUAUACAUGCCUGGUGUGUGAAAAAAGAUUCCGUAACCGUUCAAACCUUUAUGUUCAUCAGAAAAUUCACACAGGGGAGAAAGAAUACAAAUGCCUGGAUUGUGGGAAAAGCUUCAGUCAAAGAACCGGUCUUACUUCCCACCAAAGAAUUCACACAGGGGAGAAACCAUAUCAAUGCCUGGAGUGUGGAAAAAGAUUCAGUAACAGUUCAAACUUUCUUGUUCAUCAGAAAAUUCACACAGGGGAGAAACCAUACAAAUGCCUGGAGUGUGGAAAAGGCUUCAGUCAGCGUUCACAACUUAGUCACCAUCAGAAAAUUCACACAGGGGAAAAAUCAUAUAAAUGCCUGGAGUGUGGGAAAAGCUUCAGUUGGAGAUACAGUCUUACUUCCCAUCAAAGAAUUCACAAAGGAGAGAAACAAUAUGAAUGCCUGCAGUGUGGAAAAAGGUUCAGUCAGAGUGCAUACCUUUUUUCCCAUCAAAGAACCCAUACAGGGGUGAAACCAUACAAAUGCCUGGAGUGUGGGAAAAGCUUCAGUAAGAAUUCCGGUCUUACUUCCCAUCAAAUAAUUCACACAAGGGAAAAACCAUAUCAAUGCCUGGAGUGUGGGAAAAGAUUCAGUCACAGUAGAAGCCUUACUGUCCAUCAAAGAAUGCACACAGGGGAGAAACCAUACAGAUGCCUGGACUGUGGGAAAAGCUUUGCUUACAGUAAUAGUCUUACUUCCCAUCAAAGAAUUCACUCGGGGGAGAAACCAUACAAAUGUGUGGAGUGUGGGAAAGGUUUCACUGACAGGUCCUCUCUUACUUCUCAUCAAAGAAUUCACAGUGGGGAGAAACCAUAUAAAUGCCUAGAGUGUGGGAAAAGCUUCAGUCGCAAUUCAGACCUUAAUGUCCAUCAGAGAAUUCACAGUGGGGAGAAACCAUAUAAAUGCCUAGAGUGUGGAAAAAGCUUCACUUGCAGUUCCAGUCUUUCUUCCCAUCAAAUAAUUCACACAGGGGAGAAACCAUAUAACUGCCUGCAGUGUGGGAAAAGCUUCAGUGGGGGUGGUUCUCUAAAUACACGUGAAGGAGACAACAGGGAUGAGCGCACUGUAAGCAAGAAAAGUUUCACAGACAUAUCAGUUUUUAAUACUCACCAAAGGAGGUGUAACAGAAAGAAAAUAUAUAAAUGCCGGGAAUGUGGAAAAAGUUUCAGGCAGAGAGGACACCUUACUUUCCAUCGAAAAAUUCACACAGGGGAGAAACCAUACAAAUGCCUGGAGUGUGGCAAAAGCUUCAGUCGGAGUGACAAACUUUCCUCCCAUCAAAAAAUUCACAGAGGGGAGAAACCAUACAAAUGCCUGGAGUGUGGGAAAAGCUUCAGAUGGAAAAGCACUCUUAUCUCCCAUCAAAGAAUUCACACAGGGGAGAACCCAUACAAAUGCCUGGAGUGUGGGAAAAGCUUCAGAUGGAAAAGCACUCUUAUCUCCCAUCAAAGAAUUCACACAGGGGAGAACCCAUACAAAUGCCUGGAGUGUGGGAAAAGCUUCAGAUGGAAAAGCACUCUUAUCUCCCAUCAAAGAAUUCACACAGGGGAGAACCCAUACAAAUGCCUGGAGUGUGGGAAAAGCUUCAGAUGGAAAAGCACUCUUAUCUCCCAUCAAAGAAUUCACACAGGGGAGAACCCAUACAAAUGCCUGGAGUGUGGGAAAAGCUUCAGAUGGAAAAGCACUCUUAUCUCCCAUCAAAGAAUUCACACAGGGGAGAACCCAUACAAAUGCCUGGAGUGUGGGAAAAGCUUCAGAUGGAAAAGCACUCUUAUCUCCCAUCAAAGAAUUCACACAGGGGAGAACCCAUACAAAUGCCUGGAGUGUGGGAAAAGCUUCAGAUGGAAAAGCACUCUUAUCUCCCAUCAAAGAAUUCACACAGGGGAGAACCCAUACAAAUGCCUGGAGUGUGGGAAAAGCUUCAGAUGGAAAAGCACUCUUAUCUCCCAUCAAAGAAUUCACACAGGGGAGAACCCAUACAAAUGCCUGGAGUGUGGGAAAAGCUUCAGAUGGAAAAGCACUCUUAUCUCCCAUCAAAGAAUUCACACAGGGGAGAACCCAUACAAAUGCCUGGAGUGUGGGAAAAGCUUCAGAUGGAAAAGCACUCUUAUCUCCCAUCAAAGAAUUCACACAGGGGAGGAACCAUACAAGUGCCUGGAUUGUGGGAAAAGCUUCAGAUGGAAAAGCACUCUUAUCUCCCAUCAAAGAAUUCACACAGGGGAGAAAACAUACAAAUGCCUCGAUUGCGGGAAAAGCUUCAGUCGGAGUAACACUCUUAUCUCCCUUCAAAGUAUUCACCCAGGGGAAAAAGCAUACAAAUGCUUGGAGUGUGGGAAAAGCUUUGGUUACAGCAACGUUCUUGCUUCCUCUCAAAGGAUUCACACAGGGGAGAAACCAUACAAAUGCCUGGAUUGUGGGAAAAGCUUCAGUCGGAGGUAUAGUCUUACUUGCCAUCAAAGAACUCACACAGGGGAGAAACCAUACAAAUGCCUGGAGUGUGGGAAAAGCUUCAGUCGGAGGAACGGUCUUAGUUUCCAUCAAAGAAUUCACACAGGGGAGAAACCUUACAAAUGCCUGGAUUGUGGGAAAAGCUUCAGUCGGAGUGACAGACUUACUUUCCAUCAAAGAAUUCACACAGGGGAGAAACCAUACAAAUGCCUGGAGUGUGGGAAAAGCUUCAGUUGGAAUUACAGUCUUAGUUUCCAUCAAAGAAUUCACACAGGGGAGAAACCAUACAAAUGCCUGGAUUGUGGGGAAAGCUUCAGUCGGCGUGACAGUCUUACUUCCCAUCAACGAAUUCACACUGAGGAGAACCUAUGUAAAUGCCUUCAGUGUGGGAAAAGCUUCAGUCGGAGUAACAGUCUUACCUCCCAUCAAAGAAUUCACACAGGGGAGAAGCCAUAUAAAUGCCUGGAGUGUGGAAAAAGCUUCAGUCAUAGGAACAGUCUUACUUCCCAUCAAAGAAAUCACACAGGGGAGAAACCAUAUAAAUGCCUGGAGUGUGGAAAAAGCUUCAGUCGGAGUAACACUCUUAUCUCGCAUCAAAUUAUUCACACAGGGGAGAACCUAUAUAAAUGCAUGGAGUGUGGAAAAAGUUUUGGAAGAAAAGAUCCUCUCACUGCCCAUCAAAGAAUUCACACAGGGGAGAAACCAUACAAAUGCUUGGAGUGUGGAAAAGGUUUUGGAAGAAAAGAUCCUCUCACUGCCCAUCAAAGAAUUCACACAGGGGAGAAACCAUACAAAUGCUUGGAGUGUGGAAAAGGUUUUGGAAGAAAAGAUCCUCUCACUGCCCAUCAAAGAAUUCACACAGGGGAGAAACCAUACAAAUGCUUGGAGUGUGGGAAAAGCUUUGGUUACAGUAACAUUCUUGCUUCCCAUCGAAGAAUUCACACAGGUGAGAAACCAUACAAAUGCCUGGAGUGUGGGAAAAGCUUCCGUCAAAGUGGAAAACUUACUUCCCAUCAAAGAAUUCACUUGGGAGAAACCAUAUAA